GAACGAUGUAAUUAGGAGUACGGGGAAGAUCGUAAAGAAAAGGGGUGAAUGUAAUACGAGUAGCAAACGUCUCAACAACGAUCGUUACAUCUUGUCGCCAUGGAUAAUUGCUUCUGUGUACGCACGUAGACGUAUAAAUCUGGAGAAAUUACGAGGGGUGGAGAGGCGUCGACAGCAUUGCAAUCGUCGAAACGAUUAUUACAUCUCACCGGUUUAACUCCUUCUUGUCCAAUAUCGAUAAAUUAUCAAGAUAUACGAAUAAUACACGUGUGUAUAUAUCUCCUCUUCGAUAUAAUAGAUAUGAAACUAAUGUCGAUAAUUCUGAGCUUUCGAUCGAUCAAUUUAUCCGUACCAUCAUACUAUUUUCUUUAGAUACUCUCUGAUAAUUAUAUAUUUUCGAAUAAUUAUUCGGCUAUUAAAUAUUUUCCGCGUUAACUCACAAGAACGAAUGAAAAUGAAAAUCAGAACAUAGCAAUUAAAUCUUUUCGGAUAAUACGAAUUUAAUGAAACCAAAUUAAAAUAGAAGUUAAAAGAGAACAAUUUAACGUGCAAUCGUUUAAUCAUAAUCAUCGAAUAUACUAAUAUUAAAUAAUGAUUAAAUGUUAUCCGAUAAUAAGAAUUUUCUAAAGUUUAAUCGAUAUCAAAAUAAAAUCGAAAUCAAUUAGUAUCAUUGUAAACAUCAAAUAUAUGUUAUAUAGGGUAUGAAAUAAAAUGUAAAUAAAUGUGAACACGUGAUUCUAUCGUCGUAAACAUUGAACGUAUUCUCAUUCUUUCUUUCUCAGCACCAGCUAAUGCGUCGGAGAAGCUACGUAGCUUAUCGAGUCUGUGCCAUCUUCGUCGCGGACUAACACCUUGGGUGGCAUUUCGUUUAGUUAAGAUAUCAUUGGUAGAUCUUGAAACCGUGCGAGAAGGCAAACCGUUUUGUCUCCUGUCACACGACCGCCAAGAAGGAGAGACUCCUCGCGAAGAGAAACCGUAAUUUAUAUCACAGACUUCGCUAUAUACUCUCUCGGUUUAGACUGUGCUACCUCAAGAAGGAUCGGCUUCUUCAAGAUUUUCUUUCGAUGUCAUUCUGACUUAUUGAAAAAUUCAUCGCAUUUUUAUUCUCAAGGACGUUGUUGCGUUCAAUGAUCUUAAUAUAAAGUAAUCGUCCCGUUGCAUCGAUUUCAUUAUACCCCGAUCGUUCUUGUUCCGCUUGAAAGUCGAACGAAAGCGAGAUUGUAAACAAGAUAGGUAGAGAAGAUCGGAUCGUCGAAGUCACCUAUUCCAUUGUUUACUUUCAAGUUGGUUAGACGUGUACGGAGCAAUAUGGAUGCUGCGAAUUUCACGUUGGAAUUUACGCAAUUAUUAACGCGUUAUACAACAUCAAAAACACCGAACGAGAACGUGGGACUCAACGAGAUUUCGAAGGCACCAUUGACCUCGGCAACCAUCAUCCAACUCGUGCAAGAAUCCCUUCGUAUGAUCUUACCCGAACCAUAUGUACCUAAUAUAAGUGUCAGUGUUAAUAAGACGCCACUCAAUGAUAUUAUUUUCAACACUCCGGAUGCACCGUUUAUUCAACGAACUAGUCUUAAUGGAAAUGGAAUAAUCAGCGAAUGUACGGAUGACUUAUCAGAUAAAUUAUCGCCUAAGAAUAAUAAGGACGAGUCCCCAUCGAAGUUUAAUUUAAAGGCUACAGGAAGAUCUGAUACCUUCGUUCAAGAUAAUAACAAUUCGAUUAACAAGGAUAACGAUAACAGUCCUAUUAUUACGGAGACUACUAAAGAAAUUGUCGACGAUGUCUUCCUCGAAGCUGAAGUAUUGCCACAUUAUAUGCGUUUAAAAUUAGACACUUUACGUCAAUCUGCCGCUGAUCUUAUUAUGAAAAUCGACGAUAUCAAAACGAUAAACAAAGAUCGUACACAGUCGUCGAUCGAAAAAUCUGUAAAACCGAUUCGUCGAUUAUCAUCCAUCGGAAAUUACUCAUCUGCUACACGUCCAUCGAUGUUGCGAUCGGAUCAACCAUCGAAGAAAAGAAGAUCGUUCAUUACUUUUCCAGGGACGACACCCACGUCCUCGAGAUUGAAUAACACGGUGGUCUUGAAUGAGAAUCUCUCGAAGAGAAAAAGUACGUCUUCCAUGUCGCUUAACGUCACGACUACGAACGCGAUCCCGACUAAAUCGUUAGUACCAAAACAGUCCAAUGUUCGAUCUCAUUCAAAUCUAUCUUUGCCUGUCGUAAAAAAGUCACCCGUUAACGAUGGUAGACCAGCGAAGAAUCCAAAGUAUGCGCACAUUCAAAGUAGUAUUCCUAAACCAUCUAAUAUUAAGAAAAAGACUUAGAAAAUUGUUUUGUUUAUGGAACGUUUCAUUUUUAAAACGCGCGUUUUUCGCAUUUUUACUUUAAUUCAUAUAUUCUAAUAUUUAAUAUUUAUUAUUAGCGUUACAGUAAUAUGGUUACUCUUGACUUACAAUAAGUAAUUUCUAUAAAUUGUUCUAUGGACAAAAUGAGUACCUCCUAUGAUAGCGCUCUCUUUUAUACUUUGAAAAAUAUUUCAUAUAACAUAAUAGAAUGUAAUGAAAAAUUCUUCUGUAGAAUAUGCAAAUGCUUCUGGUUUUUUUUAUUUUUUAUUCUUUCUCAUGCACAGGUAGCAUUUUUAUAUUUCGUAUAUUUUUUAUUCGUUCCAUUCGUGCUCAUCUCCAACUUUUUCCAUUCGCGUUUUAAAAUAAAAUCAUCAUAUAGUGUAAUAUACCUUAGAAAUGAAACGAAUUAAAAAAUUCGAUAUGUAUUUUAUAACAAUGAAAUAAUUGCAAUUGUAAGACUUAUGAAUAAGUGAUUCGCAAUAAUUGGAAAUAUGUUUAGAAAUGGAUGAAUUUAAUUAAGGUUCAUUUAAAUUUUUAUUGCAAAAGAGAGAUCCCAACGAGACUUGUACCGUUGCCCAUCAAUGAACAUAUGUACACGUGAUGUAUAAGGUCGCCGUUAUAUUAGGAAUAAGUGAACGAUUACGUGCAAUCUACGAUGGCUGUUAUGCUAUGAACAGGUUUCUUUGUGUUCGCUUUCUACGACCGCCGGGAGCCAUCAUUUAAUUUGAAUUUCGCUCUCUCGUGCGCACGAUAUUUUAUUAGAGCUUUUCAGGUCGAGGAAAAAGAUAUUUACAUUGUGUCUCUUUCGUUGUAAAUAUUUGCAUUAUUCGACAUUAUCAAUAUAUCGUAGGGAAAUGAGAGAUAAAAUAAUAUAUUGUAAAUUAAAUAAUUUUCCAAUAACUUUAAAUGUAUCGUAAAAUAAGAAAAUAAUAUAAUAAGUAUAAUAAAUACAUAUAUACAUAUAUACAUA